UUAGCACCACGUUGUUGGACAGCUCCCUCCGGGGAAGGCUUUGUGCUCCUGGCCCCCGCGCGGGGAGUUUGAUUUCAGCACCCUGGAUUCGGACAGCUCCCUGCCGAGAUAAUAAAUGCUUGGCAAGCUGCUCGACAUCAGCGUCUUUGGAGGAGUUUCAAACGUGAAUCAAAUGUGUGAGCAUCGCGGCGAGCGAGAGACCCGCUUGUACGCUAAGCAAAUCAAGAGCUUUCAACACCAGAGCUGUGGGCAGCUACUUAUGCAAGAGAAGAGGAUUCGGAGGCGCAGCACCUCCAGCACUUGACAGAGGCGGCAUCUUUACAGCAAGGAGCAGGCAUCCAGUCCGCCAGGAGAAAGAAAGUCAGAGCAUCUUUGCCCAGCUCGCCUGGGAAACCUCGCACAGAACUGAGACGCUUCCUCAUCACCUAACAGGUGUCUCUGCUUCGCAAAGGUUGUUGUGUCUUUCUUUCUCCAAAGGGGCUGAUAAAAAGCACAACUCCCAGCAGCAAUUGCUUCUGUUUGGCUAUAUUUGGACAUCACAGUAUAACUGUUUAUUCACCUAAGGCUGGAGUUUCCUUGCGGCAGGAUGGCCAUUGGACACUGCUGUUGAAUUAAAGGUGUUUCAGAGACACAACUGCCCACAACAAAUGGUAGGCUAUCUGACACCUUUGCUCUGACCAGGGAGGUCUCCUUGUGGCUUGGAAAGGUGCUUGCUGCCCUCUUGAGGCAGUGCAAUGGCAUCCUCUGCCACCCUAUGGAUUCUGCUGGUCUAUCCUGUUGCGUGCCACACCAGCAUUCAUGGCCAGAGCCCCGGAUACAACGUGCCAGCCAAGAAGGAGAUCAGCUUGGAAGGUGACCUGGUUAUUGGGGGCCUGUUCCCAGUCCACGAGAAAGGAAAUCCUACAGAGGAGUGUGGCAAGAUCAAUGAACAUCGUGGCAUCCAGCGCCUUGAAGCUAUGCUCUUUGCCCUCGAUGAGAUCAACAAGAACCAGCAGCUUCUGCCGGGCAUCACCCUGGGAGCUCACAUCCUAGACACCUGUUCCAAGGACACCUAUGCCCUAGAACAAUCCCUGGAUUUUGUGCGUGCCUCCCUCACCAGAGUGGACGGCUCUGAGCACAUCUGCCCUGAUGGGUCCUACGCCAUUCAUGAUGAUGUACCUACAGCUAUCACAGGGGUUAUCGGGGGCUCCUACAGUGACGUCUCCAUUCAGGUGGCUAACCUGCUGCGACUAUUCCAGAUCCCCCAGAUCAGCUAUGCCUCCACCAGUGCCAAGCUCAGCGACAAGACUCGCUACGAUUACUUCGCCCGCACUGUCCCACCAGACUUCUACCAGGCAAAGGCUAUGUCCGAGAUCCUGCGUUUCUUCAACUGGACCUACGUCUCCACGGUGGCCUCAGAAGGCGACUAUGGAGAAACAGGCAUCGAAGCCUUUGAGCAACAAGCCCGGGCUCGCAACAUCUGCAUCGCCACCUCUGAGAAAGUGGGCCGUUCCAUGAACAAGAAGACCUUUGACGGGGUGAUCAAGGCCCUGCUGCAGAAGCCCAGCGCAAGGGUGGUUGUGCUCUUCACCCGGAGCGAAGAUGCCCGAGAGCUCUUGGCAGCCGCUCAGAGGAUCAACGUGUCCUUCACGUGGGUGGCCAGUGAUGGCUGGGGUGCUCUCGAGAGUGUGGUGGCUGGCAGUGAGCCAAUAGCUGAGGGAGCUAUCACCAUUGAAUUGGCUUCCUACCCGGUGCAGGAAUUCGCAGUGUACUUCCGGAAUCUUGACCCCUACAACAACAGCCGAAACCCUUGGUUCCGGGAGUUCUGGGAACACAAGUUCCAGUGCAGCUUCCACAGCCAGAACUGUAGCCGCUUCUCCCUGAAGACAGGCAAGUUUGAGCAGGAAUCCAAGAUCAUGUUUGUAAUCAAUGCGGUCUACGCAAUGGCGCACGCCCUGCACAACAUGUACCAAGCGCUCUGCCCCAACGCCACCAAGCUCUGCGACCCCAUGAAGCCUGUGAACGGCAAGAGGUUCUACAAGGAAUUCAUGCUGAAUGUGACAUUUGAUGCUCCCUUUCGACCAUCAUUAGACACCAAAAGCACAGUUCGAUUUGACCACUGUGGGGAUGGGAUUGGCCGCUACAAUAUAUUCAACUACCACAGAGCCAACGGGAGGUAUCGCUAUCAGAAAGUGGGCUUUUGGGCAGAAGGACUCAUCCUGAACACAAGCCUCAUCCCCUGGGUGAAGACCUCCAUCCCUGUUUCCCAGUGCAGCGAUCCCUGCAAGAAGAAUGAAAUGAAGAGCAUGCAGCCAGGAGACAUGUGCUGUUGGAUAUGCAUUCCCUGCCAGCCUUACGAAUAUCUGCUGGAUGAGUUCACUUGCAGCGAUUGUGGACUUGGCUACUGGCCCAACGCGAUGCUGAACGCAUGCUAUGAGCUACCCCAAGAGUACAUUCGCUGGAAGGACGUCUGGGCUAUUGGACCAGUCACCAUUUCCUGCCUCGGCUUCAUCUCCACCUUGUUUGUUUUUGGCGUCUUCGUGAAGAACAAUGACACUCCCAUCAUCAAGGCCUCCGGACGCGAACUGUGCUACAUCCUGCUCACCGGGGUUCUGAUGUGCUACAGCAUGACGUUCAUCUUCAUCGCCAAGCCCUCUACGGCGGUCUGCACCUUGCGGCGGCUGGGGCUGGGGACCUCCUUCGCCGUCUGCUACUCGGCCCUCUUGACCAAGACCAACCGCAUCGCUCGGAUCUUCAGCGGGGUGAAGGAGGGCGUGCAGCGCCCAAGGUUCAUCAGCCCCACCUCCCAAGUGGUCAUCUGCAUGGCUCUGAUUUCUUGCCAGCUCAUUAUUGUCGUCAUCUGGCUCCUGGUGGAGACUCCCGGCACUCGGAAGGAGACGGAGCCCGACAAAAGGUACAUUGUCACACUCAAGUGCAACAACCAAGACUCCAGUAUGCUCAUUUCACUCACCUACAAUGUGCUCUUGAUAGUCUUGUGUACAGUCUAUGCCUUCAAGACCAGGAAAUGCCCUGAGAAUUUCAACGAGGCCAAGUUCAUUGGGUUCACCAUGUAUACCACGUGCAUCAUCUGGCUGGCCUUCCUGCCUAUCUUCUACGUCACCUCUAGCGAUUACAGGGUCCAGACCACCACCAUGUGUAUCUCUGUUAGCCUCAGUGGCACAGUGGUCCUUGGUUGCCUCUUUACUCCCAAGUUACAUAUCAUCCUCUUCCAGCCCCAGAAGAAUGUCGCCAGCCAUCGUGUUUCCACCAACCGUUUUAGUGUGACCGCUGCAAGCUCCAGCCACUCGCAUGGGUCAUCUUCUCAAUUUGUGCCAACAGUGUGCAAUGGCCGUGAAGUGGUGGACUCCACAACAUCAUCCUUGUGAAUGCCUCUGUGUUCUCUGUCAGUUACCGUAUGUUGCCUCUGUGCUCGCUCCCUAUGAACACAUGCCUUCCUCUUUCCCACUGGGCCUCUUGUUUCCUAAAAAGAGAGAGAGAAACCCUGUUCCCCAUGCCUAUUCGUUGAACAAGUUUUUCCAAGGAAAAAGCAAGAGAACAGAGAUUAUCCUUUACCCCCAAAGUCCAGCACCAGUUUAGAGAUGCAAGGAAACUUUGGCACAGUUGAGAAUGUGUCUGUGAAGAGGCCCGUGAUGUUGCCCUCAUGAUAUGGAUACAAGACUGAUUCCCUAUCAGAUUACUAGGGUGACAAUGAAGAAUCCACAUAUAUUCCUUUAUCUUGUCUACACUUGAAAAGGAACGGUGAAGCUGUUGGUUGUUGUUGUUGUUUAUAACAAACUGCAUUCCCUCAAACUUUUCCUCAAUGUAUACAAUACUUCAGCUGUUAAGAGGGAGGAUCAGUAUUAAAACUCUGAAGAAUACCAAGGAAUCCGUGGUGCUAUGGAUUGAAAAGAUGGGAUAGAAUCUCCUCACGAUUUAAAAACCUGGUGGCACACACUGAUACUUGCAAUGACUCCAAACAUACAUAUAUUUGUAAUGUGUCUACCAGCUGUUUGCAAGCAUAAUCUCUGUGAGAAGCUUCCUGAAAUGAAUUGAGAAAAUGUUCCUGUGAUAAUAUCUGAGAAGAGAAAUAGAACCACACACCUGGUUUUUAACAGAAUAGUGAGUUAUAUCUUAUAUGCCGCUCUGCAGAGCGAAACAAGAUGAGGCAAAGAAAACACAUCCCAGAUGAGUCCAGUAUUAUUCCUUGGUUGGCAUCCAUCUGUUUCAGGAGACAAUGGAGGAGUGCACCUUUGUGGGUGAAGUCAAACUGUUAGAAGGUUACAGCGGCUGCCGUGGCU